AUGACCAUUAAAGCCAGGAUCGACCGGGUGACUUCUCCUGCGAUAAUCGAAGUGAUCUCAUUUGUGGAGUCACCCCAAGGAGAAACCUCAGUGACGUCUGCUCCCACGACUGUGAUUCCAGCCAAACCGUCAAUAAUUUGGAGCAACUCUCUAGAAGUCCAUCCGCCAGGCUCAAUUGCACCGGUAGAUGGUGCAGAAGCAGGAUCCAACACAUCGAUAUCAAAACUGAUGUAA